AUUUAAUAGCCGUCGGAGCCGUACCCAAACUCUCUUCUCUCAUCCCAAAUUUCACUCGCCGGCUGUUUCUUUUAUAUCUUUUUUUUCACUCUUUCGGUCGUCGUAUUCCUUUUCAUCAACUAAUGCACCCAUCUUGAUAGCAAAAUAUGUAUUUACCCAAAUGGAUUUCUGUAAUUUUGAUUGUUUCCAUAUUCAAACCCCAAAUCUCGAUUGGGGUUUCUGAUAUUUCGAAACAAUUUCUCAAACUUGCUAAAGAAGACGAGGUUUUCGAUUGGAUGGUGGGGAUUAGGAGAAGGAUACACGAACAUCCUGAAUUAGGUUACGAAGAGUUUGAAACCAGUAAAAUUAUCAGAGACGAAUUAGAUAAAUUAGGUAUUGAUUAUAAGUAUCCAGUUGCUACUACCGGCGUUAUCGGUUAUAUAGGCUCCGGUGAACCUCCUUUUGUUGCUAUUAGGGCAGAUAUGGAUGCUCUUCUCAUGCAGGAAAUGGUGGAAUGGAAACACAAGAGUAAAGUUCCUGGAAAGAUGCAUGCUUGUGGCCAUGAUGCUCAUGUCACUAUGCUUCUUGGUGCAGCCAAGAUUCUAAAAGACCAUAGCCAUCUUUUAAAGGGGACGGUGGUUCUUGUUUUCCAACCAGCAGAGGAAGGGGGUGGAGGGGCAAUACGGGUAAUAGACAGUGGAGUUCUUGAAAAUGUGAAAGCAAUAUUUGGUCUACAUGUAUCUCCAGGGUUACCUUUAGGUGAAGUGUCCUCUAAAUCAGGUACACUUUUGGCUGGAAGUGGCUUCUUUGAAGCUGUCAUAACUGGAAAAGGAGGUCAUGCAGCCAUUCCACAACAUUCAAUAGAUCCUAUUUUAGCAGCUUCAAAUGUUGUUGUUAGUUUACAACAUCUAGUCUCACGAGAAGCCGAUCCUCUUGAUUCUCAAGUAGUCACGGUUGCUAAGUUUCAAGGAGGUGGUGCUUUCAAUGUUAUUCCAGAUUCAGUCACCAUUGGUGGUACCUUUCGAGCUUUUUCUAAAAAAAGUUUCAUGCAUCUCAAGCAGCGGAUCGAGGAGGUUAUUAUAGGGCAAGCAAAAGUACAAAGGUGCAAUGCGAGUGUUGAGUUCUCCUCAAAAGACAAACCUUUUUUUCCUGCUUCUAUAAAUGAUGAAGGAUUGCAUAAGCACUUUGUAAAAGUUGCAGGGGAUGUUGUUGGAGCUUCUAAUGUUAAAAGUAUGUUGCCAUUAAUGGGAUCUGAGGAUUUUUCGUGUUACCAAGAGGUGAUGCCUGGUUAUUUCUACUUUCUUGGAAUGAAGAGUGAAUCGAAUAAAAAUCCUGCAUCUGUUCAUUCUCCAUUUUUUGAAAUUAAUGAAGAUAUACUUCCCUUUGGUGCUGCAAUGCACGCUUCUUUAGUUGCUAACUACCUCACUGAUGUUCAAACUUCAGAAACUCAUGACGAAUUGUAA